AUGACACGCCCAUGGGUGAGGUGGGAGGAAGAGGAGGAGGAGGAGGAGGAGGAGGGGGGGAGGGGGAGAUUGUGGAGGAAGAGACUGUGGAGGAGCAGGAGGAGGAGGAGGAGGACCAGAGGAGAUGGUGGAAGAGGAGGAGAGUAUGGAGGAAGAGGAAGAGGAGGAGGAAGAGAAAGAGACUGUGGAGGAGGAGGAGGAGGAGGACCAGAGGAGAUGGUGGAAGAGGAGGAGAGUAUGGAGGAAGAGGAAGAGGAGGAGGAGGAAGAGAAGGGGAGGAGUGGAGGUGGUGUAGGAGGAGGAGGGGUAGGAGAAGGAGGAGGUGGAGGAGAAGGGAAGGGGGAGGAUCAGCGUGAAGUGGUCGGCGGUGCCUGUGUGGGCCACUGGCCAAAACAUCCUUGCAGGAUAUACAGUGGAAUGGGAGGAGGAGGAGGAGGAGGAGGGUGA